CGUGGCACGAACGAGAGCCAGAUAUAGAAACAUCAAAAAUGGCUGCUACAAGUCUGUCGGCAGUAAAAACGUAUUAAUAUUUAGUCUUAUCGUGAAGGAUCUUCCAUAGUGGUGUUGCUGGCUAAUGUUGUCUAAUAGUCAAGAGGGGAGUUCAAAGAGUAACUGACUGCUGCUGAAUGUGAUGUGAAGGUCAAGGUUAUUUCAAUCAAACAGCUGCCACAGAUGACCAUAAGACUACAGUAAAGGCCAGUAGAGAUAUGUCACAUCGAGUUACAGGAAUUAAGUUGGAUAGUCAAGCUGACCACAACAGUAUGGCCAGUGGAGAGGACAUAUCAACAUAUUUUACAGGUGCACAUGAAGUACAAGAAUGUCUUGAAGGUCAAGGUGAGAUAGAUCUACACACACACUUGGCAAACUGCAAGAAAAAUCCUGGCCAUAAAAACUUUGUACCUUUAAAUCAGUUAAGUCUUGCACAUUUUCCAUCUGGUUACCAUGACAACGAUGUGUAUGACCUCACAAAAGCCAUUGCUGACCUAACUGUCAGGAUAGCCGUUAAGUUGACCAGUACAGACAGACCGGAGUUUGUACCAGGCACUAAAGAUCCUUACCCUUGCUACGAUACCAGGGGACAGAACUCACUGAGUACAGGGACUGGGACGGUAUGGGAGGUGACAAAGUACACAGAGGGAAUGAAGGGGUAUACCUACAGAACAUGUCCAUGUCCUGAAUGUGACCACUCGGACACACCCAGUAAAGUGUGGUGGAGAGUUGAUAUGGUGACAGCCACUCAUGUGGUUUUUGAUGAGAGUGAGGCUAGACAGUCCAGCUGUAGGUUGUGGUUUGAUGAUGAUAAAAGUCCAGUGGUCAAGAUUUAUGGGUGGAAGGUGGUUGCGUCAAAAGCUGAUAUAGACGGGUGUGUGUUGUGGUGUGCGACACAUGACGUAGAUGUAGCUGAUAAACUGGAGCAGAUGACGAGGCGGUUUGAUGAUCUAUGUGGUAAAGUAAUUGACAAAUACUUGAGUCGUAGAGAUGUGGACAAGGUGACCAUUAUAGUGUCACAUCCUCAUGGCUGUUCUAAGCAGGUCUCUGUAGGUCACUGGGUGGACAGGCAGGAGGUGGGGUUAGGGACCAGGUACACGUACACAACUUGUACCUGCCCAGGUAGCAGUGGGGCUUGGGUCUACAGACUGGGGGGUGGCAGGUCUCUCCAUCCCCACAGUGGAGUUAACUCUUUAGGAUUAAAUUAUAGUGGGGAGUGGAUGGACGAAUACUUGUAGUUGUCUGCUCUUGUAUGGAAUGUAAACAAACAUGAAGUCUGUUGGGUGUCUGCUCUUAAAAUAUUUCUUGACAUUAUUGUAGAGCUUUAUUUAACUUGUAAUAAAUUAUCUCGUUAUUUUUAUCAGAGAAAAAGUUGUUGAUUUUUUUAUUGGGAAUGGAGAAAAAAUGUGUCACAAAUUUCUUGUAAAUAUAAACGUAAAUCAACAGUUUUAAAUCAACUUGUUUUCUUUCUAAUUUUUUUUUGUUUAAACUUUGGAUCUAGAGACUCUAAAUAGUGACGCUAAAGUUUGGAUAUAGCGACUCAAUAUUGACGCUAAAAUUUGUCAAGAAACAGAAACUACUUCAUGUGUCCUAUAGAUCGACACCUUGAUAUGACUGUACUUGACUUGAGAAUUUAACACUAAAGUCAUGAUCGAUAUCGUGUUAUGACUGUACUUGACUUGACAAUUUUACACUUAAGUCAUGAUCGACACCUAAAUAUGACUGUAUUUGACUUGACAAUUUAAAAUUUCAGUCAUGAUUGACACCUUGAUAUGACUGUACUUGACUUGACAAUUUAACACUUAAGUCAUGAUCUACACCUUGAUAUGACUGUACUUGACUUUACAAUUUAACACUUAAGUCAUUAUUUACACCUUGAUAUGACUUAACACUUAAGUCAAAAGCUAAUGUCGUUAAAGUUUUUAUUACUGAAAGUCUUUUGUUAAA